AUGGAUGCACAUCUCUCCAUUCUCAUACUUUUGGUCAUUUUAAGUUUCCAAGCAGUCUAUAGUGAAGAAGAGACAGAGACCCUGUUCUGUCUUGAACACCAAAAAGGUUUUGAAGGCUCCUGCUAUGAGUUUGUGACCCUGCAGCGCAGCUUCCACGAAGCUCAGAGUUGGUGUGAGCGUGGCGGUGGGCAUUUGGCCUUCAUUCAAAAUGAGGAGAUGCAACAGUUUCUCCAGAGACAUUUACAAUCAGAGCAGGACUGGUGGCUAGGACUGGCACCUGCCUCUUUCAACCUCAGCAUGGGCUCUGCUGCCACAGAGGGUUCUUUGUCCUGGCUGGAUGGAUCUGAUGUGAGUUACUCUAACUGGUUCCGUGAACCUGAGCCAGGAGAAGCCUGUGGUUACAUCUUAAAGCAAUCCCAAUUUCAGUGGGCAUCAACCAAGAACUGUAGCCAAGAGCUCCACUUCAUCUGCGAGUUUGAGUCAGGACAUGCCAUAGCCUGUUUGAACCACAAUGCCACGCUGCAGUGCGGCUCUGGUCAGGUUAUAGAGAUCGAUGACAGCUUCUAUGGCAGGAGGACACUGCACUACUGCAGGGCCGGACACUCCCUGCCUCAAACAUCUGUAAAUGACGAGUGCAGCUGGGUCGAUGUGGUGGAUAUGGUGUCAGGGCACUGCCAUGGGUUGCAGGUAUGCCAGGCUGUAUCAGAUGUGGCAUCCUUUGGAGAGCCAUGCCCAGGACUAGGAAGCUAUUUAUCAGUGGAUUAUCACUGCAAAGAUGGUCUUUACCUGCUGAUUAACAAGCAAGCUGCUGUCUUUCAUAACGUCACCUUGACCAUAAAGUGGUUGCUCCACCCUUUCCAAGGAAAUCUCACUUGCACUUUAAAUUCUGGCGAUGGACACACCAUUGACCCUUACAUGCCUGAAGAGUUGCUGAGUAAUGUAGUGCACAGGUAUCAAAACACUGGAGUCUACACUGUUUCAGUGGAGUGUAGCACCAGCGAGUGGCAUGUGACGGCUCAGAAAACCAUCAAUAUACAAGAACCUGUUGGGGAAUUUAACAAAAUUGUGUGCCACAGCUCAAACCAGACAACAGAUAGUAAAAACUGCAAAGGCCUUAACAACCAUCUAUUGAGAAUUCAAGUGCAGCUCAGUGCUGGUACCAACAUCACAUACAAAAUCCAGCAUGGGAUUACCGAGCUUGUACGUGCUUCUGAAGUCAGAGGGAUCAUUCCUCACUACAUCACUGUCCCUCAAGAAGCUUUACAGCGUUUGGGAUCAGGAUGCCAUCAACUUACUCUUCUGGCCUCCAAUGCAGUGACAGCUCCAGAUGUGUCUGCUACUCUGGAACUUUGCUUGGUGGAGCCAGUGGAUGGCCUUCUUGUCUUUGUGGCACCAGAACAGGACCUGUGCUCAGACUCAGCUAUAUAUGUUAACGUCUCUCUGGACUAUGGCGCUCCAGUGGAGCUGCUCUUUCUAGUGUCUGGGGAUAACAACAGUUUUUCGGAAACCAACCAGAUGCUAAAUGGGAGUUUACAGAUGUUCAGGGUUUCCAGCAAAUUUGAAGGUCCAGUGCGGAUAAAGGUCAGGGCGUGGAACUUAUUUUCAUCAGUGGAAGUGGAUGCUGGAAAAACACUGUUGACAGAAGAUCACAUGGGAGAGCUAAAGGGUAAUAACCUGACGAUCACUGCAAACCCAGAGAGCCCAGUCAUAGGCACGAAUAGCGUAAAGUUGGGUGCUAACGGCUUAAAUGGAAAUGCUAAACUUUACACAUUUGCUUGGGACUGCAGUGGAAACUGUCCUUGUAAUGUCAGUACUCAAACCCAAACCCAUCAGAUAAGUGCUACUUGUCUCCCUCCACCCUACAGUUUUUCGGUCUACUCUGUGACUGCCACAAAGACAACAGGGCAGCCAGAGCAACAGACCGCAAGCAAAUGCAUCUCUGUGUCUCCAGGGAAUGAUUUUAAUCCAGUCAUUAUAUGUUCCAACUGUGACCCAGUGAAUGUGAACUCAAAUGUUAAAUUGCAGUUGCAAUGUGUUGGUUGUGAGCAAAUUGUUUGGUAUUUUGAGGACGUAAACCCUAUACCUGAGGUUUUGAGCUCCUGCUAUUCAGAAAAAGGACAGAAGGCACUGAUAAAACAGAAGGAAGGUGUCAGCUCUUUUGUAAUUGAGAGUUCAACUUUAAUCAAUGCACGGCAAAAUAUAAAUGUUGUUGCUUAUGGUGUAAGAAAUGGCUUAUCUGGAUCCACUGAAUUCACCAUCCCAAUAUUCGGAGAUGUUUCCUCUCCACCAUCCUGUAACAUUAACCCCACCGUUGGCGACAUUCUCUCUCCCUUCAACAUUACGUGCACUGUGGCUUCAUCAUUCUGCCAAUCUGGACCCUGCAUGUACUGCUUCAGAACAUUCACUGGUGACUACUUGUACUGUGGCAAUAACCAGACUGUGGAGUCUCUUUUUCUCCCUUUGGGAAGUGAUGCUAACUACUGCUUGGUUGUUAGCGUCACUGUUGAGAACAUGGAAGGACAGAAGAUUAAUACAACCUUAUCUGUCCAGGUAAACGAUGCAAGUGUUGGAUCCACAGUGGAAGAUCUACAAAGUGUUGUGUCCAAGCAGGUGGGCCAUUUGCUGCAACUUGGAAAGCUGACGGGGGCAAAACUAGCCCAGAUGUUCCAGUCUGUGUCAAACAGGCUGAAUGGGGACACAACAGACAGCCAAGAACAUGAUGCAAGGAUGAAGUCAAAAACAGCCCACAGACCACCUCCAAAGACCUACAACAUCAACUUGCUGCAGAUGGUGUCACUGUGCAUCGUGCAACAAUUCAGCGCACAAGGAGAAGCUAUAUGGGAGAGUGAUGCGAAAGAAGCCUUUUCUGCACACACGCCACAAACGGAGUCGUUUGAGCUCAGAGAGCAGAUGCUUAUAGACCUGGCCACAGCUAUGAACGCUGCCCCCCUUAGGAACCCUUCAGAAGUGCAAAAGACUGCUGAUGCUCUUGUAGGCCUUACUGCACAGGGUGAAGAGUUGACAUCUACUGCACAGCUACAGGCCAGCUCACUGUUAUCAAAUCUCAGCACUUCCCUGGUCUCUCUCACACACUCUGAAGGAGAUGACAAAGAAGUAACAAGGCAGGCAGUCACACCGAUCAUUCAGGCUGCAAGUAACAUCCUCAAAGUUUCUGCCAGUACAGAGCAGCAGGAAAUCAUCUCAGAAAACUUGUUAAAUGCAGCAGACAACAUACAAAGUGCACUGCUGGCUGGUGCGGGUGUGGACCAAAAGCCCAUCAUUGUUAGCACCUCUGAAAUCAGUGUGUAUGUGAACAGAAUGUCACCAGUGGCACUUCAGAGACAGACGUUUAUUAUCGAACACAACAACUCAGCCAGCUUUGUGCUCCCGUCUUUGGGUCCUAAUGUCCUGCCUUUAGAAGAGUCAGUGGAUGUGCGGAUGCUGAGUUUUGCAAUAAACCCUUUCCCCUGGAGGGAAGGUGAGCCAAUUAAUGGAGCAGUGGCAUCUCUGUCCAUUACCCAUGAAAAUGGCUCUGUUAUUCCAGUAUCAAAUCUCAGUGAGGAGAUUGAGAUUAUCUUACCGAGACCAGAAACUAAACUUAACAGUACAUUUCUUGACCUGGGGAACUACAGUACCUUAGUCAUUAAUGUAACCACACCGAAUGUAUCACUGGUUUUGAAAUUGGAUCCCUCAGAAGAGAUUACUUUACAUUUACUGCUGGGUUUUGAACACUACCCAAACAACACUCACUACCAGACAAAAACUCAACUCCCUCAACCUGGACAUUCCGCAGAAGAGAGGUAUGCAUGGGUGCUGGACCCCAGAGAUAUAGCACUAGAAGUAGGGGUUUACUAUCUUCUGGUGAGGCCGAUUGGUCGAACAGGUGUAAACUCCUCGAACACCUCAGUGUUCAUCACAUCGAUAGCCGCUCAGUGUAAGUACUGGGAUGACACUAAAGCCACCUGGAGUGACUAUGGAUGCAGAGUCGGACCUCGCACCACGCCCCUGCUUACUCAGUGCCUGUGUACCCAUUUGACAUUUUUUGGAAGCUCCUUCUUUGUCAUGCCCAACUUGGUGGACGUAUCUCGCACCGCUGAACUUUUUGCCACAUUUCUCAAUAACCCUGUGGUGGUGUGCUUCGUGGGGGGAAUUUUUCUUGUCUACAUCAUGGUUGUGGUUUGGGCGCGGAGAAAGGACAUCCAAGACAUGGCAAAGAUGAAAGUCACAGCUCUAGCGGACAAUGAUCCAUUGGCUGAAUAUCGCUACUUAAUGACCAUCAGCACCGGGCAUCGCCGAGGAGCUUCUACAACCUCUCAAGUUACAGCGACUCUGCUGGGUUCUGAGGGAGAAAGUGAACCCCAUCAUCUAACUGACCCAGAUAAACCUGUAUUUGAGAGAGGAGGAACGGACAUGUUUCUUCUUACCACACCUUUCUCACUUGGAGAGCUGCAGAGCAUCAGGUUAUGGCAUGAUAAUUCUGGGAAACAUCCUGCUUGGUAUGUUAAUAAGGCAGUGGUCCAAGACCUGGAGACAGGCCAAAGGUGGCAUUUCUUAUGUAGUUCAUGGCUGGCCAUUGAUUUAGGAGAGUGUACCUUGGACAGAGUGUUUCCUGCGGCAACAGAGAUGGACUUAAAAAGGUUUAGUAAUCUGUUCUUCAUGAAAACCACAAAGGAUUUCCAAGAUGGUCAUAUUUGGUUCUCAGUGAUCAGUCGACCACCCAGUAGUAACUUCACCCGAGUGCAGCGUGUUUCGUGUUGUUUCUCUCUGUUGCUUUGCACCAUGCUGACCAGCAUCAUGUAUUGGGGGAUUCCCACUGACCCCUCUGAGCAGACAAUGGAUCUGGGGAAGAUCGAGUUUACAUGGCAGCAAGUGAUAAUUGGAAUCCAGAGCUCCAUUAUUAUGUUCCCCAUCAACCUUCUUAUUGUGAGCAUCUUCAGAAACGUGCGAUCGAGGGAACGAAGCUCGGAUCAAGCUCCUAAACAGACUGAUUCUGUAAAGCAAGCCAAAACAGGUCAGGUGUCACCAACACAACCUCGUUCUCUGCAGAAUGACCGUAGAGAGAUUACACCAGAUGCUGUAAUCAAGGACAUCAAAAGAAUUGCCCAGUCACUCUCCAAAGCUCUAAGAAGCCCCAUGCCAAGGAUAGACCCUGAGAAAAUGGAUAUCAAUAAUCUCCUUUCACUAGUCGAAGAUAUUAUUUGUCAGCAGAACCGUGCAGGAAGUGAGUUUUACUCUGAUGCCUCCAAAAAGGAGCUUUCCAUCUCUCUGGGGGCUGUAAAUCUUCAUGAGAGGAGCCCUGAACAGAUGGCAAAAGAGAAACACAGUAUCUACAGACAGUAUCUCUACAAACAACUGCAGAAUGUGGAGAAAGAGCUGAGGCUGCUGGGUCCUUCUCAAUUCUCUAAACCAGAGAGCUACAUUCAGGCAGUGCUGCAGGUUCAAGGCAUGAAACAAUUGCUUGAGCCAUAUCUUUCCUCCAGCUCCAAUAGGGAUCAGUUUUCCUGCAGCUCCAGUCUGGGAGAAGACCGUGGAGGGGAUAAGAAGUGUUGUCAGAAAGGCUUGCCCUGGUGGUUUGUGUUUGUUGGCUGGAUUCUUGUUGUAGCCACUAGUGGAGUUUCAGCAUAUUUCACCAUGAUGUACGGGCUGACUUAUGGAAUGGAUCGCUCUAUUAGCUGGCUCAUUUCCAUGGUUGUCUCUUUUUUUGAGAGUCUCUUCAUUACCCAGCCUCUGAAGGUGCUUGGUUUUGCUGUCUUUUUUGCUCUGGUUCUAAAAAGAGUUGAUCAAGAGGAAUAUGGAGAUGUUUUCAUUGAGGGCGCUCUACCAAGUGCAGAUGAUCCUGAUAGCAUAUGUAUUGCCAGGAGGGACAGCACAAGCAGUUUCUAUCAGCCUCCUCCUCCAUCUGAUAUUGAGAAAAUGAGGAUCAACAUGAUCAAAGAGCAGAAAGUCUUUGCACUCAUCCGAGAGAUUCUCAUUUACAUAGGGUUCCUCUGGAUGCUACUCCUGGUGGCUUAUGGUCAGCGAGACCCAAACGCUUACUACCUCACCCAACACAUUCAGCAGAGCUUCAAAAAUGGCAUCGCUGACAGCAUGAACUACAAAGAUGUGUUUACCUGGGCAAACACCUCCCUCCUGAACAACGUUUUUGGACGACAACCAGGCUUUAUCACAGAUGGAAACUCGAAGCUUGUGGGUAACGCUCGACUCCGACAGGUUCGAGUGCACAAGGACUCCUGCAGAACCUCCAGUUUCAUGAGACGCUCCAUUCAUGACUGUCAUGCCCCAUACUCUUGGGAGGUUGAGGACAUGGGCUCCUAUGGUCCUGGCUGGAACCGAUCAACAGAUACAAAUGUGUCUAGGGGUUUUCUCAUGCCAUGGCGGUACCAAACCCAGUCCAGACUCAGGGCGCACCCUAUCUGGGGUGGAAUGGCUUUCUACCGAGGUGGAGGCUUUGUUGUGGACCUGGGGCCUAACAAACAAAAUGCAAGCAGUUUGCUUCAAUACCUUAAUGAUAACAUCUGGCUGGACAAAUACACACGGGCGUUUUUUGUGGAAUUCACAGUGUAUAACGCCAAUGUCAACCUCUUCUGUAUCGUCACACUAAUGUUCGAAAACACAGCCGUGGGAGCGUUCCAAUAUCGCAGUGAACUACAAAGCGUCCGCCUUUAUCAAUCAACUGGAGGUUUUCAUAUUUUCAUGAUGGCCUCCGAGGUCAUCUAUUUUCUCUUCAUUCUUUAUUAUAUGUUUCAGCAGGGCAAGCUUAUGAAACAGCACAAGUGGGAAUACUUCAAGAGCAAGUGGAAUCUUUUGGAGCUAGUCAUUAUUAUUUUAAGCUGGAGUGCACUGUGUGUUUUUAUCAAGAGGAAACUGUUGGGCAACCGGGAUAUUGAGUACUAUCAAACCCACAAAGACCAGCAUGCUAGCUUCCACGAAACUGCCGCAGCAGAUGGAGUUCUUGGAUACCUUAUAGCUUUCUUGGUUCUGCUGGCUACGGUCAAACUGUGGCACCUGCUGCGCCUCAACCCUAAACUGCAAAUGAUCACUGCGACGUUGCGCCGGGCCUGGAACGACAUCUCUGGCUUCCUCAUCGUCAUGACGAUUAUGGUCUUGGCUUACUCCAUUGCUAGUAAUUUAAUGUAUGGUUGGAAGCUUUACUCAUACCACACUGUUCUACAUGCUGCCAAGACCAUCGUAAGCUUACAGCUGGGGAUCUUCAACUAUGAGGAGGUUUUGCAAUACAACCCUGUUCUUGGAGCGUUUGUCAUUGGGUCUUGCAUCAUUUUCAUGACGUUUGUGGUUCUCAACCUAUUUAUAUCAGUCAUCCUGGUGGCGUUUUCUGAAGAACAAAUACACCAUAAGCCAUCUGAAGAAGAGGAAAUCGUGGACAUGAUGCUGAUAAAGAUAUGCAGCCUUUUUGGAAUCAAGGUUAAGAACCAGUUGCCUGAGGAACCAAAAGCAACACCUUUUGCCAUUUCCUAAAUGUACAAUCAAGAUAAAAGUGGUAUAUGAAGUGGAUAAUAGAGGCUUUUAUGUAAUACUUUUUUUGGUCUUUGGAAACUGUAGAGCUAUUAAUAUCUUCAUGUACAAUGCUGUAAUUAUAUUUAAAAGCCUGAUGUGAAAGGUGUUCCAUGUACUGGAGUGUAGGCCUUAAUUAUAUAAACAGUAAAACAUGGCCCUUUGGGUUUUAGUACUUUUAGGGCUUUUAACUGCUUGGUGUCUUUCUGGUUUCCUUAAAUAAUCAUAAUCCAUACUAACUGUAUAAAUAAAUACUUACUGAUGUUAGUAUUUUUGUGUUAGAUGUACGAAGCAUGUUCUUCAAGGAAUAUAUUCAUCUAGCUAAAUGGUUCCAUUACCCAAGUUUAAACAUUACCGGUCAAGUCAGCUGUAAUAUCUUGAUCUAAAUGAUGUGGACACUUCAUAUAAACUCAGCAUAAUAAACAAAAGAAAAAAAAAAAACAGAAAAAAAAGUCUAACCAUUGAUCUGGCAGAUUUGUCAGUAAGAUGUUUAUUUAAAUGUAAAGGAAGGAGUCUCCAGUGCUUUGUAACAGUCAGUUUUCCCAAUAGAGGGGUGAAUUCGGAGUGAUUUAGAUGAUGUGCUUACUGCUAUCUCAGGUACAUAAGUUACAAAAGGAAAAGGAUCGUGCCAUAAGUGAUAACAGCAACUUAUAUUUCAUGAUCAUGGUCAGUAAAUUAACUAAACUGAAUUAUGAACUUGAUGGCAAAUUUCUGUGGUAUAAUAAUUAAAAAUGCAGGUAUUCAAAAAAAUAAAACUCUUGCAUCACCUUGCCUCUCUUCCUUUAACAGCAUUUUAUGUUGUUUUAUUACAUAUGUAGUAAAAAAAACUUGUGUGGAGAAUUUUCAAGCAUAUGUACGAGACACUUAUAUUACCAGAGGCCAAUGAAGUCAUUUUUCUUUUUAAUGUCAUAUAUAGAUGGUUCAUCCAUACAUCAACCAAAUGCUUGAGACCUUCACAAUCCAGCCCAAUUGUACAUGCGGCAAUUAGUUACUCACACCUUCAGUGCUCUUAACAAAAUGUCCUGAACUGAACACUAAGAGCGUUUUCUGGAACCUUAAACAUUUCCAUUACAAGCAGAAGUACUGCCCCCUCCACCGAAAGCUAAUUCAGACAACCAGACAUCAUGGGGCAACCUGCCUGCCAAGUAACAACAUUACAGGUACUCUGUUUUAAAUAGCUUCAAUUAUGUUUUUUAAAAAAAUUUUGAAGUCUGAUACAGAAGGCUAAGAGACCUGAACAAUAUGAAAGUGCUAGUUAUUAAUUUACAGAUUUCAGGCAUCACAUAGUGCUAUGACAAGUAUCCAAUAUGCUACAUUUGAAUACACAUUUGUCACCUUACAAAUGCCUCUGGUUGGUUGUCCAGGCUGCUCAAAAAUUAAGAGCCUUUGCUUGUAUAUACAAUAACAUGAUUUCCAUUUAUGCAGAAAAAGUGGACACUCUACUGCCAGAGGUAUAAUCUUCCAGAGGCCCCUUGGCCAGAACAGUGAAAAUGAUGAUUCAGUCCCACUAACAAUUUUGAUUAUUUAUAGCCCCCAAUGCAUGUAGGUGGGAAGAAAAAGAGCUGCCGCCAUGGGAUCCCUCUUGUAAACGGAUUCCAUAAGACAACAUUGUUCAGAGCUUCUUUUUUCUUUCUUUAAAGUUCAUGGAUUAUUUUUCCCAGCCAUUGGUUGCGUUUGGUUGCCGUCCCACGUCUUCUGGUGCUGUCUUAGAUUGAUAGUCAGAUUGAAGAGUGAGUGAGAAGAACCAGUUCUGGAACCACUACUUGAGGGAACAA